CACACACAGAGAUAGGGGCAGAGCGGGUCAGAGGGAGAGACGAGACACCGAGAAGAGAGAGAGAGAGAGCAUGGAGACGCACGUGGAGCGGGCGUUGCGUGCGACGCUGACAGAGGCGGAGGUGCGCGCGCUGGAGCCCGCCGUGCGCGAGCACCACACGUUCCCGGCCGGGCGGGUGGCGGCGGGGACGACGACGCCGACGCCGACGACGUGCACGUCGCUGGUGGCGCAGCGCGUGUCGGCGCCCGUGCGCGCGGUGUGGCCCAUCGUGCGCAGCUUCGGCAACCCGCAGCGGUACAAGCACUUCGUGCGCACCUGCGCGCUGGCCGCCGGUGACGGCGCCAGCGUCGGCAGCGUGCGCGAGGUCACCGUGGUGUCGGGCCUCCCGGCGUCCAGCAGUACGGAGCGCCUCGAGGUGCUGGACGACGACCGCCACAUCCUCAGCUUCCGCGUCGUCGGCGGCGACCACCGCCUCCGCAACUACCGCUCCGUCACCUCCGUCACCGAGUUCCAGCCCGGCCCAUACUGCGUCGUCGUCGAGUCCUACGCCGUCGACGUGCCCGAGGGCAACACCGCGGAGGACACCCGCAUGUUCACCGACACCGUUGUCAGGCUCAACCUCCAGAAGCUCGCCGCCGUCGCCGAGGAGUCCGCCGCCGCCGCCGCCGCCGGCAACAGGCGCUAGUGAUCCUUCCGCCGCUUGUGGUGGGCGCACCCGCGCCGCACGGGGCUGACUUCUGCUGUUACUCUACUUGUAUUUUCUGUUCUUUUCUUUUGCCCUUUUUUUUCGUUUUUUUUGUCUUCUUUUUUUUUCCCGCCUGUUGGUCUCGUGCAUAAAAAAGCCUCUGUUGCGGCGUAAUACAAACUUUUGUUUCUCUCUCUA